GAUUGUCGCAAGGCUAUUCAGCUUGUCCACAAUUCCGUCAAGGCCCACUACAUGCUAGGGCUUGCAUUAUUGCAGAAGAAGGAAUAUACCAGUGGAGUCAAAGAGUUGCAAAGGGCUUUAGAUCUUGGAAGAGGAGCGGAUCCAACAGGAUACAUGGUAGAAGAUAUAUGGGAAGAGCUUUCUAAAGCAAAAUACAUGGAGUGGGAACUGCUUUCUGCAAGGCGCUCGUGGGAAUUGAAUAGUUUGAAGGAAACUUGUGAGGCUGCUCUAAAUCAACAACGUGCUUUAGAUAUGUGUCGAACAGAAGAAGAAGAAGAGACAAAAGAGUCCUCUCAAGAAGCCUACAUUGCCCAUACUGAGCGUUUGAAAUCUCUUGAACGUGUGUUUGAGAAGGCUGCGGAAGAAGAUAAACCAUCUGAGGUGCCAGAUUAUUUGUGUUGCAACAUAACUCUUGAGAUAUUCCGAGAUCCUGUAAUAUCUCCAAGUGGGGUUACAUAUGAAAGAGCAGCGAUCCUUGAACAUCUCAUGAAGGUGGGGAAGUUUGAUCCUAUAACGCGUGAAAAACUUGAGCCGUCCAAGCUCGUUCCAAAUCUAGCUAUAAAAGAGGCAGUGGCUGCUUAUCUAGAAAAACACGUCUGGGCUUACAAGAUUGGUUGCUGAUCAAAUGAGGAUUCACAUGCACAAUGACUGAGAACGAGGCUAGCUACUUGAUGAAAGAAGAACAUAUCAGAUGUGUUUUAAUUUUAUUUUUCUUAGCUGAUGUUUUCAAGUGUAAGAUUCUCUGCCGUGUAUAUAUAUACAAUGUUUUUUGUGCACCCUGCACACAUUGGGCGUUAGGCUUAGCCUAUACACACAUUGAGGAAAGUCCAAACAAAAUUAUAAUGUAGUUCCUCUACAGUGUCAUUCUCCAGAUUUGUUGCUCCGUGUUAAAAGGAUAA